GUGGUCAGCAUUUGCUAACCAUUAAGUCACGUUAAGUAACAUUUUGUUGCAAUUCCAGUAUUUGAGCCAGUCGUCAAGUCACGCAAAUCGGAGUAUAUUGAAACCAUCUGGAGUGUACACGACGAUUUAGGGAAACAUAUAUUUAGGGAGAAUCGAUUGCUCUUAGGUCCAAAUCAAGAUGUUCUACACAUGUGGACCCAAUGAAGCCAUGGUGGUGUCUGGCUUUGGUCGUUCCCCUCCACUAAUGAUCGCUGGAGGAAGAGUGUUUGUCCUCCCCUGUAUUCAACAGAUCCAGAGGAUCACUCUGAACACCCUGACUCUGAAUGUGAAGAGUGAUAAGGUGUACACCCGUCAUGGAGUACCCAUCUCUGUCACUGGCAUCGCCCAAGUGAAGAUCCAGGGUCAGAACAAGGAGAUGCUGGCCACGGCCUGUCAGAUGUUCAUGGGGAAGUCUGAGGCUGAGGUCUCCAACAUCGCCCUGGAAACACUGGAGGGGCACCAGAGGGCCAUCAUCGCCCAUCUGACUGUUGAGGAGAUCUACCAGGACCGUAAGAAGUUUUCUGAACAGGUGUUCAAGGUGGCCUCCUCUGACCUGGUCAACAUGGGCAUCGGCGUGGUCAGCUACACGCUCAAAGACGUUCACGACGACCAGGACUACCUCACCUCCCUGGGUAAAGCUAGGACAGCUCAGGUGCAGAAGGAUGCCAGGAUCGGAGAGGCUCAGUACAAACGAGACGCGGUGAUCCGUGAGGCCCAGGCCAUGCAGGAGAAGGUGUCGGCCCAGUAUCUGAAUGAGAUCGAGAUGGCCAAAGCCCAGAGAGACUACGAGCUGAAGAAGGCCUCCUACGACUAUGAGGUCAACACCAAGAAGGCGGAGUCUGAGAUGGCCUAUCAGCUGCAGGUGGCGAAGACAAAGCAGCGGAUUGAGGAGGAGACGAUGCAGGUGAAGGUGGUGGAGAGAUCUCAGCAGAUCAUGCUGCAGGAGCAGGAGAUCACCCGUAAGGAGAUGGAGCUGGAGGCCACGGUGAAGAAGCCUGCUGAGGCAGAGAGAUACCGUCUGGAGAGACUGGCUGAGGCAGAACGUGCACAGCUCAUCAUGGAGGCUGAGGCAGAGGCAGAGUCCAUCAGAAUGAGGGGUGAUGCUGAGGCGUUUGCUCUGGAGGCUAAAGGUCGUGCCGAGGCAGAGCAGAUGGCUAAGAAGGCUGAGGCCUUUAAACAGUACGGGGAGGGAGCCAUGGUGGACAUGCUGCUGGAGAAACUACCACUGAUAGCAGAGGAGAUCAGCAGGCCCCUCUCCAUGGCCCAGAAGGUUACCAUGGUUUCCAGCGGCGGGGGUGAGGUGGGCGCGGCCAAGCUGACCGGAGAGGUUCUGGACAUCAUGACCAGACUACCAGCUGCCGUGGAGAAACUCACUGGAAUCAACAUCUCACAGGUUGGGCUGUCCACCCGAAUGGGCUGAGAAUGGAACCUAGUUAUUGAGACAGUCUGCACUGUCAGACCAGGAACUCCAUACUGCCUCCUUGUGCCUAUAAUUAUUAUUACCUAGUGUAGUUGUCUGUCUGCAUGCCUGUCUCCUUAGGGCAUGUCUGUCUGCAUGCCUGUCUCCUUAGGGCAUGUCUGUCUGCAUGCCUGUCUCCUUAGGGCAUGUCUGUCUGCAUGCCUGUCUCCUUAGGGCAUGUCU